ACUUCUUUCUCAUCAUCCUCCUUGUUCAUUUCAUCGUACGCCAUGAGAAGAAUUCUCUGAGAAAAAUUGGGAAGAGCGCUGGGUAAAUUGCUCUCUGUUUCGGUCUGAUCUUCUUGAAGAUGGUUUCGGUGGAAGAUCCGCAUUCUCAUUCGCAUUCGCACUCGAAUUCGAAUUCCAACUCCACUCGGUUCCCGUUAACCAGGGAGUUCUGCGGUUCUUCGUCGCCGUCGGCGGCUAGGAUCCACCGUCAUGUGGGCCGAUCGAUGAGGACUAUACGGUCUAACUUCAACCGGAGCGAUGAGCACAUAUGCUCCUUUGCCGACAAAUCUGGGUAUAUGUCGGAGAUCCUGACGGAGUCCGUCAUCGACAUGAGACUCGGCGAGCUUGCUUCUAAGAACAGUAAUUCCGUGAAAUCGAACGCGUCUUUCGGCGAGGAGGAAGUGUUGCUGGACAUUUCUCAGGUGUUCAGUGAUUUCUCCGCCUGUAGUAGCGACAUCUCCGGCGAGUUGCAGCGUCUCGCUAGCUUGCCAUCUCCAGAUAUUGCGACGAAGAAGGAGAGUGUCGGAGAGAUUGGAGCAAAGGAGUCUGAACCGGAGUUGGAGCCUUGUCUAGGUUUUCUACAGAGGGAAAACUUUUCGACUGAGAUAAUCGAGAAUAUCUCGCCGGAGGAUCUCCAGCCGACGGUGAAACUCUGCGUCGAUGGGCUCCAGUCAUCUUCUGCGGCCGUGAAGCGAUCAGCGGCGGCGAAGCUGCGGCUCCUGGCCAAGAAUCGGGCUGAUAACCGCGUCCUGAUUGGGGAAUCUGGAGCGAUUCCGGCGUUGAUUCCACUGCUUCGUUGCAACGACCCAUGGACACAAGAGCACGCGGUCACAGCUCUCUUGAACCUCUCUCUGUACGAACAGAACAAAACCCUAAUCACAAAUGCUGGGGCCAUCAAAUCUCUAGUAUGGGUCCUGAAAACGGGUACGGAGACAUCGAAGCAGAACGCAGCGUACGCGUUACUCAGCCUGGCGCUCGUGGAGGAGAACAAGGGAUCAAUCGGCGCAUGCGGCGCAAUUCCGCCGCUGGUAUCGUUACUGAUGAACGGAAGUUGCAGGGGGAAGAAGGACGCUCUGACGACGGGGGAGCUUGUGGCUGAGCAAGGGAAGGGAAUGUCGGAGAAGGCGAUGGUGGUGCUGAGUAGCCUGGCGGCAAUCGAGGAAGGCAAAGAGGCCAUUGUUGAGGAAAGAGGGAUAGCUGUGCUUGUGGAAGCCAUUGAAGAUGGUUCAGUUAAAGAGAAAGAGUUUGCGGUGCUGACGCUGUUGCAGCUCUGCGCUGAUAACAUUAGGAACCGUGGUUUGCUUGUAAGAGAAGGUGGGAUUCCUCCACUCGUGGCUCUGUCUCAGGGCAGUUGCGUCAGCGUUCGAGCCAAGCGCAAGGCAGAAAGACUUCUGGGGUAUCUUCGAGAGCCGAGGCAAGAGGGGGGGUGUUCAUCAAGUCCUUGAAUUGAUAACCAUAUCGUCCCCGACUCCAUCAGCGUAGUGUGUGUAUGUAUGUAUAUAUACCGAGUUCUCUAUUGGAGGUAAGAAAACGAUUCCCACGAAUUUUUAAGGGGGUUGGUUGGCUACCGACUUUGAUUAAAAAACGUAAUGAUGUUUAAGCUAUAGUAUUUUGGGAUUACUCCCCCAUCCUAUGUAUGGUGUUAGGCUUUGUGGGUUUUGGUCAGUGAUGGGAGUAAAUGGCUUGUGAAGAUUUUAUGGUCA